CCCUCACGAAGCGCGGGCCGCUGGGAACAUGGCCCUGGAGCAGCUCUGCUCGGUCCUCAAAGUGCUGUUAAUAACAAUACUUGUAGUAGAAGGGAUCGCUGUGGCCCAAAAGACUCAAGAUGGACAAAAUAUUGGAAUCAAGCAUAGUCCUCCAACUCAGUGUGGCAUUUGGGUUCGAACCAGCAAUGGAGGUCAUUUUGCUUCACCAAAUUAUCCCAACUCCUAUCCACCAAACAAGGAGUGCAUCUACAUCUUGGAAGCUGCUCCACGUCAAAGAAUAGAGUUGACCUUUGAUGAACAUUAUUAUAUAGAACCAUCAUUUGAAUGUCGAUUUGAUCACUUGGAAGUUCGAGAUGGGCCAUUUGGUUUCUCUCCUCUUAUAGAUCGUUACUGUGGCAUGAAAAGCCCUCCAUUAAUUAGGUCAACAGGGAGAUUCAUGUGGAUUAAAUUUAGUUCUGAUGAAGAACUUGAAGGACUGGGAUUUCGAGCAAAAUACUCAUUUAUUCCAGAUCCAGACUUUACUUACCUAGGAGGUAUUUUAAAUCCCAUCCCAGAUUGCCAGUUUGAGCUCUCGGGAGCUGAUGGAAUAGUGCGUUCUAGUCAGGUAGAACAAGAAGACAAAACAAAACCUGGCCAAGCAGUUGAUUGCAUAUGGACAAUUAAAGCAACUCCAAAAGCUAAGAUUUAUUUGAGGUUCCUAGACUACCAAAUGGAACACUCAAAUGAAUGCAAGAGAAACUUUGUUGCUGUCUAUGAUGGGAGCAGUGCCAUUGAGAAUCUGAAAGCCAAGUUCUGCAGUACUGUGGCCAAUGAUGUAACACUCAAAACAGGAGUUGGGGUUAUCCGCAUGUGGGCAGACGAAGGUAGUCGGCUUAGCAGGUUUCGAAUGCUUUUCACGUCCUUUAUAGAGCCUCCUUGCACAGGCAGCACUUUUUUCUGCCAUAGCAACAUGUGCAUCAACAAUUCCUUAGUGUGCAAUGGUGUUCAGAACUGCGCAUAUCCUUGGGAUGAAAAUCAUUGCAAAGAAAAGAAAAAAGCUGGGCUGUUUGAGCAAAUCACUAAAACUCAUGGAACAAUUAUUGGCGUAACAUCAGGGAUUGUCUUGGUUCUUCUCAUUAUUUCUAUUUUAGUGCAAGUGAAACAGCCCCGGAAAAAGGUCAUGGCUUGCAAAACUGCUUUCAAUAAAACUGGGUUCCAAGAAGUGUUUGAUCCUCCUCAUUAUGAGCUGUUUUCACUAAGGGACAAAGAGAUUUCUGCAGAUCUGGCAGACUUGUCAGAAGAACUGGACAACUACCAGAAGCUUCGGCGUUCCCCCACAUCCUCGCGGUGCAUUCACGACCAUCACUGCGGAUCACAAGCAUCCAGUGCCAAGCAAAGCAGGACCAACCUCAGUGCCAUGGAACUCCCCUUCCGAAAUGAUUUUGCACAACCACAGCCAAUGAAAACAUUUAAUAGCACCUUCAAAAAAAGUAGCUACACUUUCAAACAGGCACAUGAGUGUCCUGAACAGGCUCUAGAAGACAGAGUCAUGGAAGAGAUUCCCUGUGAAAUUUAUGUCCGUGGGCGAGAUGAUUCUGCACAAGCAUCCAUAUCCAUAGACUUUUAAUCCUCACUGAUGGUGGUAGAAAUCAGGAACUGUAGGUGUGCAGCCUAGAGCACCAGUUCUGUCUCAGCAGCCAACCCUGUUCUAGCAAAACUAGGAAGACCUUCAUUUACCAUUAAUGUAUUGUAAUGGUGACUUUAUCUCAGGCAGUCUAUAUGUGUUAUACCAACCAAGGACUCAGUGGGGAAAUUCACCAUCAUCUGUUGCUUGAUGUCAUAUGAACAGAGCACCACUAGUUAAUGAGCAGCUGAAGAGAGAGAGUGCUAAGUCGGGCUCGGGCUCAGGCUUAGGCUGUUGAAUGAGCUCUAUCAAGCACAGCUUUGAUCCCACAGUAAACUUCAAAAAUAAGCUUUUUUCCUUAUUCCUUUUGGUUUACUUUUCUCUUAAGUUGUUUUACAUGCCUAGAGUUUGCUACUUCUGUGUCCUAUCUAAGGCUAAAGGGUUAGUGUACCACUUACAU